UAUUAUUAUCCUUUCUCAUAAAAAGAAAAAAGAAAAAGAAAAGAGAAAAAUAUUUCUUGGUCCUUGUCAAGAUAUCCUCAAAUUAUUAAUCCAUCGUCUUAAUAAAAAAGCAAAGAAAAAACCAGAGUUUUACAUGUUUAUUGAAGACAAAAGGAAAUAAUAAAGUUGGCUUCAAGUAGUAUCUUAUCCAAUACAAAUGAAUUUCAUUUUUGUUUUCAAAUAAAUGUAUUGAAAGGCACAAAAAAAAAAUAAUAAUAAAAUUCUCUGCAAAAUUUUAGAUAAUACAGUUAUAUAAAUACACACAACAACAGAGGUCGUUAUAAUUAAAACACUUUAUUCUAACAACAGAUUAUUUUUUUUUUAAAAAGAAAAAAAGAAAAGGAGGGUUUUGUUUCUCACGUCGACGCCAAACGAAGGAAAAAGCUAUUGUUCUCCGCCUCUCUCCACCGUCGCUACCGCCGUUCUGCUCCGACUUCACCUCUGGUUCCACAUCUUAACCCUAGUCAAUCUAUCCUCCCUUAGCUAUUAUCUAAUCUCACUUUCUAAUCUUCACGUCUUGUCUCCUAAUAUUCUUAACCCUAGCAGAGAUAAAUUGUUCAAAAACAUAUUUCGUUGCAACAUUGUUAAUGAUAAAGGCAUUUAGUGUGUUAUAGUUUCUUGGAUGAUAAAUGAUGUUGUAGAGUGGAGCCGCUGCGUCUUUUUUUAGCUAUGGCUCAGCAAUCUUCGCGUCUCCAUCGAUUGCUCACUUUAUUAGACACUGGUUCGACUCAAGCAACUAGGUUUACUGCGGCAAGGCAAAUUGGGGAUAUUGCGAAAUCACAUCCUCAGGAUUUGAGUUCUCUUUUGAAGAAGGUUUCUCAAUAUCUCCGAAGUAAAAACUGGGAUACAAGAGUUGCUGCUGCUCAUGCGAUUGGGGCUAUUGCUCAGAAUGUCAAGCACACAUCUUUGGCUGAAUUAUUUGCUUCUGUAGAAGCAAAGAUGUCCGAGGUUGGGAUGUCAGGUGUUGUUGAGGAUUUGGUCGCAUGGCCUGAUUUUCUUUCUAAGAUCAUUUCAAGUGGCUCCUUUAGAAGUUUUGAGAUAAAUAAAGUGUUGGAGUUUGGUGCUUUAUUGGCUUCUAGGGGACAGGAAUAUGAUAUUGCAAAUGAUAAUUCCAAGAAUCCAAGGGAGCGAUUAGCUCGCCAGAAACAGAAUUUGCGACGCCGCCUGGGUUUGGAUGUUUGCGAGCAAUUUAUGGAUGUGAAUGAUGUAAUUAAAGAUGAAGACCUUCUUGUCCAAAAAUUACACUCCCAAGGAAAUGGUUUGGGCAAUAGAUUUUACAUGCCCCCAUCUGUGCAUAACAUCCAGCAACUUGUUGCAAGUAUGGUCCCCACUGUUGUUUCUAGAAGACCAAGUGCAAGGGAACUGAAUCUUUUAAAGCGAAAAGCAAAAAUAAACUCAAAAGAUCAAACAAAAGGUUGGUCGGAGGAUGGAGAUGCAGAGAUGUCAUUUUCUCAAAGUACAACUCCAAAGGCCUCAAAUCAAGAUUCAUUUAACUCUAGCAAGGUAGAUGCUGAUGAAGACAGUUUUGAGCAUGAUGGAGAUGGGAAGUGGCCUUUUCGUGGCUUUGUUGAACAACUUAUGCUGGACAUGUUUGACCCCGUUUGGGAAGUUCGUCAUGGUAGUGUCAUGGCACUGAGAGAAAUUUUAACCCAUCACGGUGGCUCUGCUGGGGUAUUUAUGCCUGACUUGAGCUUGGAUGGUGCUUUAGAUGAAUUAAAGUAUCUAGAUUACUCAAGCACUUUGAAGAGAGAGAGAGAAUUUGAUUUGAAUAUGCAAGUUUCCAUAGAUGAGUUGGAGCCACAUCUCAAAAGGCCAAAAUUUGAAGAAGCAUCAUCUCUAUUAGCGGAUACAGUGCUCUCUACUGGCUGUGUUGAGAACUCUGACAUCAGUGUCAAGGUGGAAGAUAAUGGAUGUACUAUGCCUGUAGGACAGGAUAAUGGCCAAGUUGAUGUUACUCCUAUUAAGAUGGAAUGUGGUAGUUGCCCUGAUGGUAUAUCUUGUUCAUCUAAAGUAGUUGCUGAUAUAGAGGAGCAGAAGGAUUACUCUGUAGAUAAGGGUUCUCUUGUGAGAUCAAGCAUUUUGAACAAUCUUCCUGAAAAUUGUGAGCUGAUGAACUUGGUUAAACUUGGUAGGCAUUCAUGGAUGAAAAAUUGUGAAUUUCUUCAAGAUUGUGCAAUUCGUUUCUUGUGCAUACUAUCAUUGGAUCGCUUUGGAGAUUAUAUCUCGGACCAAGUUGUUGCUCCAGUGCGUGAAACGUGUGCUCAAGCAUUAGGUGCUGCAUUUAAGUACAUGCAUCGCUCUUUAGUUCAUGAAACAUUGAACAUCCUGCUUCAAAUGCAGCGUAGACCAGAAUGGGAAAUUCGUCAUGGAAGUCUUUUGGGUAUCAAGUAUUUGGUUGCUGUUCGUCAGGAGAUGAUGCCUGAUUUACUUGGCUACAUUUUGCCUGCUUGUAAAGCUGGACUGGAGGACCCUGAUGAUGAUGUUAGGGCAGUUGCUGCAGAUGCUUUAAUACCUACUGCUGGUGCUAUCGUUUCUCUAAAGGGACAAAUGUUGCAUUCCAUUAUUAUGCUACUCUGGGAUAUAUUACUUGAUUUAGAUGAUCUAAGUCCAUCCACAAGCAGCGUGAUGAAUCUGUUGGCAGAAAUUUAUUCCCAGGAAGCUAUGCUUCCUAAGAUGACAGCGAAAGAGAAACAAGAGCUAGAUUUGAAUGAAGUAAUUCAUGUUGAUGAUGCUGUAGAAGGAAAAGAUCUGCAGGAGAGUCCUUACAUGUUAUCAACAUUGGCACCCCGAUUAUGGCCAUUUAUGAGGCACAGUAUCACAUCAGUUAGAUAUUCAGCUAUUCGAACUCUGGAGCGACUACUUGAAGCUAGUUAUAAAAGAAACAAUUCUGAGCCAUCUGAUACUUCAUUUUGGCCCUCUUUUAUUUUGGGAGAUACCUUUCGCAUUGUUUUUCAGAAUCUGCUGCUUGAAUCAAAUGAAGAAAUUUUGCUUUGUUCAGAGAGGGUUUGGAGGCUCCUUGUUCAGUGCCCAGUGGAGGACUUGGAAGCUGCUGCAAAUUCAUAUAUGCAUUCUUGGAUUGAACUUGCAACUACUCCAUAUGGUUCCCCCUUAGAUUCAACAAAGAUGUUUUGGCCAGUGGCUUUACCUAGAAAGUCUCAUUUUAGAGCAGCAGCUAAAAUGAGAGCUGUGAAACUUGAAAAUGAGUCUUGGAGAAACACUGGUUUAGAAUAUGGGAAAGAAGAUACUCCACAGGAAAGAAAUGGGGAUCCUUCUAGCAUUGUUAAAAUCAUUGUUGGCGCUGAUGUUGAAAUUUCAGUCACUAAUACUCGAGUCAUUACAGCAUCUGCAUUGGGAAUUUUUGCUUCGAAGUUGCGCGAGGAUUCUUUCAAAUAUGUAAUAGAUCCACUGUGGAAUGCUCUUAUGUCUUUAUCUGGGGUCCAGCGGCAGGUGGCAUCAAUGGUUCUUAUUUCAUGGUUUAAAGAGAUCAAAUGCAAUGAAUACUCUGAAAGCCAUGCAGUUCUACCUGCUUUUCCAAAUCAUGUCGAGAAGUGGUUGUUGGAUUUGUUAUCCUGUUCUGACCCUGCAUUUCCUACAAAAGAUUCAAUUCAUCCUUAUUCUGAACUGUCAAGGACCUAUACAAAGAUGCGCAAUGAGGCCAGCCAGUUGUUACGUGCCAUUGAGUCAUCUGGCAUGUUUGAGAGUACAUUAUCUACUGUCAAAGUAGAUCUCGAGAGCUUGACUGCUGAUGGAGCAAUCGAUUUUGCUUCAAAGUUGUCUCCAUUAUGUAAUGAUAUUACUGGGAAUGAAUUAGUGGGACAAAACAUUGUGGAUGAAAUUGAAUCACCGAAACACCGACUUCUGACAACUGCAGGCUAUUUAAAAUGUGUCCAGAACAACUUGCAUGUUACUGUUUCUGCUUUGGUUGCCGCAGCUGUUGUGUGGAUGUCAGAGCUUCCUGCACGACUUAAUCGAAUCAUUUUGCCUCUGAUGGCCUCAAUCAAACGAGAGCAGGAGGAAAUAUUGCAACACAAGGCUGCUGAAGCCCUUGCUGAGUUAAUAUAUCGUUGUAUUGAACGUAAACCUGGUCCAAAUGAUAAGUUAGUCAAGAAUAUUUGUAGUUUGACAUGCAUGGAUCCUUGCGAGACACCUCAAGCUAGUAUCAUCAGUUCCAUGGACAUUAUUGACGAUCAAGAUUUUCUUUCCUUUGGGAGUAACACAGCAAAACAAAAGUCAAAGGUUCAUACGCUAGGUGGUGGGGAAGACAGGUCAAAAUUUGAAGGCUUUAUCAGUAGACGGGGAUCUGAACUUGCAUUGAAGUAUUUGUGUGAGAAAUUUGGGGCUUCCUUAUUUGACAAGCUUCCAAAAGUAUGGGAUUGCAUUACAGAAGUUCUGAUACCUGGCAGUCCUGCAGAUGAACAACAGAUCGCAAGAAGUAUUGAGUCUGUCAAGGAUCCUCAAAUCCUCAUAAAUAAUAUUCAGGUAGCACGCUCUGUUGCUCCAUUGCUGGAUGAGACAUUGAAGCCUAAGUUGCUCACACUUUUCCCAUGCAUUUUCAAAUGUGUUCGUCAUUCCCACGUUGCUGUUAGAUUGGCUGCUUCUAGAUGUAUUACUUCAAUGGCCAAGUCAAUGACAUUGAAUGUCAUGGCUGCGGUUGUUGAGAAUGCCAUUCCAAUGUUAGGAGAUGUCACUUCUGUACAUGCCAGACAAGGUGCUGGCAUGCUCAUCAGUUUACUUGUUCAAGGAUUGGGCGUGGAGCUGGUCCCAUAUGCUCCUUUAUUAGUUGUUCCUCUUCUUCGGUGCAUGAGUGAUAAUGAUCAUUCUGUUAGGCAGAGUGUGACUCGCAGUUUUGCUGCCCUUGUUCCUCUUCUGCCAUUGGCAAGAGGUCUACCCCCUCCUAGUGAAUUGAACAAGGGUCUGAUGCGGAGUGCAGAAGAUGCCAAAUUUUUGGAGCAAUUGCUUGACAAUUCACAUAUUGAUGAUUACAAGCUUUGCACUGAAUUGAAGGUGACAUUAAGGAGGUAUCAACAAGAAGGUAUAAACUGGUUGGCUUUCUUAAAACGUUUCAAGCUUCAUGGCAUCCUUUGUGAUGAUAUGGGACUUGGUAAGACAUUACAGGCAUCAGCAAUUGUUGCAUCUGAUAUAGCGGAACGUUGCACUUUGAAUAACAGUGAGGAUGUUCAAACAUCUUUAAUUGUUUGCCCUUCAACACUCGUUGGACACUGGGCCUUCGAGAUAGAGAAGUAUAUUGAUGUUUCUCUAAUAAGCACCCUACAAUACGCCGGUUCUGCUCAAGAGCGCACAAACCUAAGAGAACAGUUUGAUAAGCAUAAUGUUAUCAUUACCUCUUAUGAUGUGGUUCGCAAAGAUAUUGAUUUCCUUGGGCAUUUUUUAUGGAAUUAUUGUAUUUUGGAUGAAGGGCAUAUAAUAAAGAAUGCAAAAUCUAAAAUUACGGCUGCAGUGAAGAGGUUGAAAGCUCAACAUCGCCUGAUACUUAGUGGAACACCAAUCCAGAAUAACAUCAUGGAUCUGUGGUCUCUCUUUGACUUUCUAAUGCCAGGGUUUCUUGGUUCUGAGAGACAAUUCCAAGCCACUUAUGGGAAGCCUUUACUUGCUGCUAGAGAUGCUAAAUGUUCUGCCAAGGAUGCUGAAGCUGGGGCACUUGCUAUGGAAGCAUUGCACAAGCAGGUCAUGCCUUUUCUCCUCCGGCGGACAAAAGAUGAAGUUUUAUCAGACUUGCCAGAGAAAAUUAUUCAAGAUAGAUAUUGUGACCUAAGCCCUGUCCAGUUAAAACUCUAUGAUCAGUUCUCAGGUUCACAUGUUAAACAGGAGAUUUCAAGUAUGGUAAAAGUAGAUGAUUCAGCAUGUCGUGAAGGAAAUAGUGCUUCUCCAAAAGCUUCUUCCCAUGUUUUUCAGGCACUCCAGUACUUGCUAAAACUAUGCAGUCAUCCAUUGCUUGUUCUUGGUGAAAAGAUGCAUGAAUCACUGGCAUCUCAGUUGGCUGGAAUCUUGCCGGCAAAUUCUGACAUAAUCUCGGAAUUACAUAAGCUGCACCACUCUCCAAAAUUGGUUGCCCUUCAGGAAAUUCUGGAAGAAUGCGGUAUAGGUGUAGAUAUUUCGAGUUCCGAGAAUGCUGUGAAUGUUGGCCAGCAUAGGGUUUUGAUAUUUGCUCAGCACAAGGCCCUUCUUGACAUCAUUGAAAGAGACUUGUUUCACUCCCAUAUGAAGAAUGUCACGUACCUACGGCUGGAUGGAUCAGUUGAACCAGAAAAACGUUUUGACAUAGUAAAAGCUUUUAAUUCAGACCCUACUAUUGACGCCUUGUUGCUUACAACACAUGUUGGUGGCCUUGGUUUGAAUCUGACAUCUGCUGACACCCUUGUUUUCAUGGAGCAUGAUUGGAAUCCAAUGCGUGAUCACCAGGCCAUGGACAGAGCACACAGAUUAGGUCAAAAGAAAGUUGUAAAUGUCCAUCGUCUCAUCAUGCGUGGCACACUUGAAGAGAAAGUUAUGAGUCUCCAAAAGUUCAAAGUAUCAGUUGCCAAUGCUGUCAUCAAUGCAGAGAAUGCCAGCCUGAAAACGAUGAAUACAGACCAAUUGCUUGAUUUGUUUGCAUCAGCUGAAACCAAUACAAAGGGAAGUACGGCAUUGAAGCGCUCAGAUGGCAACUCUGAUGGAGAUCCUAAACUAAUGGGCACUGGGAAGGGGUUAAAAGCCAUCCUUGGGGGGCUAGAGGAGCUCUGGGAUCAAUCACAGUACACUGAGGAAUACAAUCUAAACCAGUUCUUGGCGAAGCUGAAUGGGUGAGCCCCAGCUGCUCAUCUGGUGUAGAGAGUGUAUAUUUUCUCUGAGUUAGGUUAAAAAAAUUUUGACAUUUUUAAGUUUAGGUUUGUUACUUUAUUUUUUGCCAUUUUUCUCUCCCCAUUGUUCUAUACAUAUUUUUUGAUGUCUCCUAUAUGGUUGAUUGAUGUGGGAGGGUUUGGGAAAAGGGAUGGUUUUAGUGGUUGGUUCGAGAGCCUGACACGAGGGAUGUCGACAAUGUCAACCCAAAAUGCAUCAAAUGGGAAAGAGAAAUUGUAAAGUUCAAAAAUUUUGUAUAUGCAAUCAGCUUCUUAAUUCUAAUCAUAAUAAAUGAAUUUCUCAUUCUGUCCAAAA